AACUGCUAACAAGAACUACUUGAUGAAUCCGGAAUCCGGCAUCGCGUCUCCUUAAUUUUGAAACAAGAAUGUUGCAUUAGCCCAACAACAAUUGUAUUUUAAUUCAUCUUUCAGUUGUAGAUUUUUUUGCUCUUUUAACUAUGGAUGAUAUCUGCAAAUGACAAUGAAACAUGAGUGAAUUCAUUACAGUGCAGGUUGGGCAGUGUGGAAACCAAAUUGGUUCAGCCUUUUGGCCUCUUGCCUUGCAAGAGCAUGGUAUCAGUGCUUCGAAACCAGUUGCUCAACAACAGCGUUCAAGAUACAAUGAUGCUUUCCACAGCUUCUUCUCAAGUCCUCAUGAUGUCAGUGGGGCAAGUUAUAAGACCAUCAGUGAUUUGGAAAGUGCCAAGGUGAAAGCCAGAGCCGUUUUGAUUGAUAUGGAAGACAGUGUGGUUGCACGCUUUCGCAAAGGACCCUUAAGAAAAUUAUUUGAUGAAACUUUGCUCUUAACAAACUAUCCAGGCUCAGGAAACAAUUGGGCUGAGGGGCAUCAUGCUCAUGGCAGUGAAUAUGCGUCCAGAAUAGUUGAAACUGUAAGGAGAGCUGUUGAACGGUGUGAUCACCUUCAUGGCUUCUUACUCAUGUUCUCUGUGGGAGGAGGAACGGGGUCAGGUUUAGGAACAGCAACAGUGAAAUUGUUACAUGAUUAUUUUCCUGAUGUAGACAGAUUUGUUACAUGUGUUUAUCCUUCUGGUCAUGAAGAUGUAGUAACAGCACCAUAUAAUGUUCUCCUAGCUACAAAUAUUCUUCUUGAAUAUGCUACUUGUGUCCUGCCAGCUGAUAACAAGUCUCUUUUAGAUAUUUGUGCCUACUUACAAAACCGUAAAGAAUCAAUUGAGUCUGCCAAAGUUGUUGCUGCCAGCAAUCCAUAUGAAGAUAUGAACAGUGUUGUCGUAAACAUGCUUCUUAACUUUACAAGUGGUUCACGAUUUCCUGGCAGCUUAAAUGUUGACAUGAGUGAAUUAAGUACAAAUAUGGUGCCUUUUCCAAAAUUGAACUUUCUCUCAUGUGGACUUGCACCAUUAGGUUUCAGUUCCACUCAUAUUUUACCUGUAGCAAAGCAGGUAGAGCCAUGGGCUCGAGACCACCAACUUCUAAAAGUGGAUCCAUUAGCUGGUACACUGCUUGGUGCAACUUUACUGAGCCGUGGCAAUGUCACACUGUCUGAUCUGCGCUACAAUGUUUCAAGACUUCAAAACCGAGGGAAAUUUAUUCCAUGGAACCAAGAUGCGAUCAAAGUUGGCCUGUGUAAUGUGGCUCCAGCUGGGCAUCCUGCUGCUCAUUUAAGCUUGAUAAAUUCCACAUCAAUGAGUGGCUUCUUCUCUCAUAUAGGGGGACAGUUUGACCGACUAUACCGAAGGAAGGCUCACAUUCAUCACUAUCUUCAAGUAGAGAGCUUCUCACCAGAAGAAUUCAUAACAAGUCGACAAUCUAUUUAUGACACAAUUGGUCACUAUCAGCAACUUGGUGAGACUCAAAAUGCUGUUUUAGACCGUUUAAACGUUGUAUAAGUUUUGCCAAUGAAAUACACUUGAGGUUUGCA